AUGGCCGUCGCAGAAUCGAGCACACCCACACCUCCGCCACCCAGACCUCCCAAGGGAACGGACGAUCCCGAACCCACACCGAUACCACCGACAGUGCCGCCACCGCCGCCUGCACCCUAUCCAGAAACCCCGGAGGAUUCCAACGCAUUACUGUCGCCGUGGUGGUCAGUCGAACCACCACCGGAAGCUCCUCCUCCAGAAAAGAACAAAGGAUCCAAGAACGGUCAUAUUAUUAGCCUGUUCCGUCGCACUGCCACUCGAGAGGAGCAGAUUAACGGCCAGAAAGCUGGUGAACAGCAUGUGUGGACAGAAUGGUGUGCACUCAUGACAGCGUACAAAAAGGGGGAAACACAGGAUCCGGCCAAAGACGACCCUAUUGCACGAAUAAAGAAUUCGCCCAAAUGUAGUCUCAUGUGCUUCAUCAAAGAGGAUCCGCUUCUCACUCGUAACAAACUGGAACAAACCAACCAGGCAAACACAUGGAACCCGUUUUAUGGAAAGUGGAUCGUUACAGCCGUCACCCAGGCCGGUUGCCUGGAGCAUUUACAAAGUAAAACAAUUGUAGAGAGUAACAGCAAUCGAUAUCACGCUAUUGAAUUAGGGAAGCAGUUGGAAAAGUCGGGAGAGAAUGUGAAACGAAUGUUGGCGAGGACAUUUACACCGAUGCAAGCAUUGACGAAGCGAUAUAUUGAAUCCUGGAAAGACGGCACGCAGGCCACCUUCUUUUCACGAUUCUGGGAAAGUGUGGAACGCGGAGACGCAUUUCGCCAAAUUCGAGACAGUACAAAACGCAUCAUUGAAAAUGCCACCAAAAGUAGCAAACGAAAAUCGAAUGACGACCACAGGAAAGAUGAUAACGAUAACAACGGCAAGGAUGAUAAGAACGAGUGA